AUGCCGCCGGCCACCGAACACAACAAGUCUGGUGCUCCGAGAGUGGAUCUCCGCAGCGCGAUAGGCCUGCUACAAAGCUACCACACAGCCAUCGACGGCAAACCGGAUGCGGAAAGGUUGAGCCUUGUCGACUACCUUCGACAACGUCCAGAUCUGCUUGAUGUCAACGAACUGACUAUAGGCGACGUGGACGAGCUGACAGGUCUCUAUCGCGCAGCCGCACAGGAAUACGAUGGCUCCCUGGGUCAAGCGUCCGAUGAAGCACCGCUCGGGGCGACAAGCAAGGCUCAGAAGAAAACAGAUGCGGGCGGAAGACUGUCACCAGAGGCUGGACGACGACGACCACGCACCCAACAGGCAAGUACCGCAGGCUUUCGGGCAAGGUCGUCAUCCUCAUUGCGAGAGAGUGAAGAGAAGAUCGAGGUUCCGGACGAAUGGGCGCAGAAGUCGUCCCAAGUCAUACAGGACAGCGUCAUCGUUAAUCAGCUUUCAGCUAACCUCGCAAACGACCCAGCAGAAGACUCCAACGCGCAGUUCUCGGUGGGAAGGAGUUUAGCGAAGCGCCCGCAGCCAGAACUCCAGCCUCACCUGGAACAAGAUCAAUGCCCGGUCUUCAGCUGUUUAGAGCCAGCUCUGGCGUUGGACGUUGAGUUUGACGUGCUCAACUUCGCAACCCACAUUGCGUUUACUAUUGCGAUCAAAGACUUCAGAACGGGGCGUAAUGUUCUCAACACGCGGGUUGGACACGGAGAGCUGACCGCAGACGAGAUGAUUGAAGAGUAUCACGACAAGUGUCCCGAUAUGGCUUCCAGCUCCACAAGCGCACUGAGAAUGGGUUCGAUUCAACACAUUCCAGACAUGCGGAAAAGGCUAACCGAGCACAGCUUCAGAAACGCUUUCCAGCGCUAUUGUCCCGGAGGUAUGGCCUUCGGCACCGAAUUUAGCGAGAUGCAAGAUAUCAUCUUGAAAGCAGGCUUCGACCCAAUAACGCACGCCGUCAUUUCCUACAGCACAAAUCUCGACCUUCAAGUUUUCUGGAAAACAGUCAACAUCCAACAUGUGGCGAAGAGCAUGCUGAAGAGCGCGCCACGGGACGGCAGCACCUUAACUGGAAUAUACAGGACAUUGUUUGGAAUCGAAGAUGUUACCGCCCACGAAGCUCCGGCAAAUACUCUAAUGUUACUCGACAUCAUCCGCAUAAUCGCCGCGUUCGGACCGACAAAGGAUUCGCAACUGGAAGGCCACUAA